AUGGCUCUCAAACCAUGUCUUGAGGCCCCAAUCGAGUCUGGGGUCUGUUCAGGGAUUGAAUGCCAUGCUGACCACCCAACACUAGUUCUGAUGCUCUUUGCCAGUGUGCUGGUGACUUGCCUUGAGGCUGCUAAACUCACUGUAGGCUUCCAGACCCCCUGGAACAUCUCCCAUCCAUUCAGCAUGCAAAGGCUGGGUGCAGACCUCCAGAUUGCCAUGGACAAGGUCAACUCAGAGCUAGUGGACCUUGGAAAUUUCAGCUGGGAGUUCACUUACACCAACUCAGCCUGCAGCACCAAGGAGUCUCUUACUAUUUUCAACAACCAGGUCCAGACAGAACAGAUUUCUGCCCUGUUUGGACCAGCAUGCCCAGAAGCAGCUGAGGUUAUCGGUUUGCUGGCCUCUGAGUGGAACAUCCCCAUGUUUGACUUUGUUGGACAAACCACAAAACUGUGUGACACCUGUGUGAAACUUGUGCCACCCAAGCAGGACAUUGGUGAUGCGCUCCAGAAAAGUCUCCAGUACCUGGGCUGGAAACACACUGGGAUGUUUGGAGGCUACUCUGGGGCUUCCUCCUGGGAUGGAGUGGAUGAAUUGUGGAGGGUUGUAGAGAAUGAACUCAAAUCCCAUUUUAUCAUCACUGCUAGCAUGAGAUACACCAACAAUAGUCUAGUCCUUCUUCAAGAGCAUCUUUGGAGGAUAUCAUCAAUUGCCAGGGUUAUCAUCUCAACCUGCAGCUCAGAGGAUGCACAAAUUAUUCUGCUGGCUGCAGAAAACCUGGGACUCAACACUGGAGAAUUUGUUUUCAUCAUUUUGCAGCAGUUGGAGGACCGUUUUUGGAAGGAAGUACUGACAAAUCAGAAAAUGAUGCACCUCCCAAAGGUGUAUGGAUCAGUGCUUCUCAUUGCCCUCAGCUCCUACAGGAAAGGCUGUGGAGACGAAGGCUUUUGGAAACAAGUCUACCAAACACCGAGGAGGCCGCCCUUCCACAGCACCAUCUCCUGGGAGGAGCAGGUGAGCCCUUACUCUGCCUACCUUAACGACACCGUGCUGCUCUAUGCUGAGACCGUGAAGCAGGUGGUAAAGGCUGGAGGCGACUUCCAGGACGGGUGGCAGCUGGUCAGCGCUCUGAAGGGUUCCAGUCGGACCACAGUGCAGGGAAUCACCGGCCCUGUGUUUGUGGAUGCCCAGGGAGAAAGGCACAUGGAUUACUCUUUCUAUGCCCUACAGAAGUCUGAAAAUGGGCCCCUUUUUCUUCCUUUUCUUCAUUAUGACAGUUAUCAGAAAGUAAUCAGACCCACAAGGAAUUUCUCCAAUAUGACCUGGCCCCAUGGCUCCCUUCCUGAAGACAGACCUGGCUGUGGAUUUUAUAAUGAGUUCUGUGAAACUGAGCCUGCUUUUACGAGCGUGACUGCUGUGCUUCUCACAAUGAUGAUCCUCAUUCCUGUCUUGGGAGCUGCCAUCAUAGGUCUGAUUUUAAGGAUGCAGAGGCAAAACAAAGACAUCUGGUGGCAAAUCAACUUUGAUGAUAUCACCAUUCUUCCCCAGAACAAGCCAUCCCAGAGAGGCACACCUGUGUCAAAAGGCAUCAACAGUAACUCAUCUAGCGUGAUGAUUUCUGCGCACCUCAGCUCUUUUGUCAAGAGCCAGCAGGGGGAAGAGCUCUUCUAUGCCCCAGUAGGGCUUUAUCAGGGAAACCAUGUGGCCAUCUGCUACGUUGGUGACCAAGCAGAAGCCUGGGUUAGGAAGCCGACUGUGCUACAGGAAAUACAGCUGAUGGGUGAAUUAAGGCACAAGAACAUUGUUCCCUUCUUUGGUAUUUGCACCGAACCACCUAACAUCUGCAUUGUCACCCAGUAUUGCAAAAAAGGAAGUCUUAAGGAUGUUUUGAGAAACUCGGAUCAUGAAAUGGAUUGGAUAUUCAAACUCUCAUUUGCAUAUGACAUAGUCAAUGGCAUGCUGUUCCUCCACAGGAGCCCCCUGGGCUCCCACGGCAACCUGAAACCUUCCAACUGCCUGGUGGAUGGUCGGCUGCAGGUGAAGCUGUCGCGAUUCAGGCUGUGGGAACUCAAGCAUGGCUGAAAAUACAGAACAUAUGAUGAGACAGUGACGGACCACUCAGAGCUCUACUGGACUGCCCCAGAGCUGCUGUGGCUCCCGGAGGUGCCCUGGUCGGGCACCCCGCAAGGAGAUGUUUACAGCUUCGCCAUUCUGAUGAGAGAGUUGAUCUACCAUUGGGACCACAGACCCUUUGAUGACCUCCAUGAGGCACCGGAUGAAAUCAUCAACCGAAUGAAAGACCCUGCAGCAGCUGUCCCACUGCAACCUUCCCUGCCCGAGGAGAAGGGCGAUGAAAAGUUCGUGGCCAUGGUGAGGGCAUGUUGGGAUGAAUCUCUGGAGAAAAGACCCAGUUUCUCUUCCAUCAAGAAAACUUUACGAGAGGCCAGUCCCAGAGGCCGUGUGAGCAUACUGGCCAGUAUGAUGAGCAAGCUGGAAGUCUAUGCCAAUCACCUGGAGGAAGUGGUGCAAGAGAGGACCAGCCAGCUGACUGCAGAGAAGAGGAAGGUGGAGAAGCUUCUGUCCACCAUAGCGCCCAGCUUCAUUGGAGAACAACUCCUAGCCGGAAGGUCCGUGGAACCAGAACAUUUCGAGUCUGUGACAAUCUUUUUAUCUGACAUUGUUGGAUUCACAAAGCUGUGUUCUCUCAGCUCCCCUUUGCAAGUCGUCAAGCUCCUCAAUGACCUGUACAGUUUAUCUGAUCACAUCAUCACAACUUAUGAUGUUUAUAAGGUUGAGACCAUUGGAGAUGCAUACAUGGUGACUAGUGGACUCCCUAUCCGCAAUGGAAGCCAGCAUGUGGCUGAGAUUGCCACCAUGUCCCUGCACUUCCUCAGUGCCACCAUCUGCUUCCAAAUUGGGCACAUGCACCAGGAGAAGCUCCAGCUUUGGAUUGGCCUCCACACAGGUCCUGUGGUGGCUGGUGUGCUGGGGAUCACCAUGUCCAGAUACUGUCUGUUUGGAGACACUGUGAACAUGGCAUCCAGAAUGGAGAGCAGCAGUUCACGUGGGUAUCACUGA